CUGUAACACAGGGCAGACAAGAGCACUUCAGUCUCCGACUAACUGUGAUGGAACAUGACAGUUUAUAGAAAUACGUGUGGAUUCACAAAAACGCCCGAAACACGGAGGCCCUGGGUGAGUAAACUUAUCUGAAUUAUGCUGCUUCGCACUCAAAUGCCUUCACCUGCCAAAAUGUGCAACAGGUCAUCAUAAACACCGUGGUACAGGAGAGGGACUGCAUUGUCUUGUGCGAACAAAACCCCAUCUGACCACUUCCAUACAGAUGACCAGUGAUGGCCACAGCAUCAGACUCAGCGGACGAUUCAGUGGAUGAAGGUGUGUCUAAGCACACUUCGAAGAUAACUCUGUCCAUCGUCCUCGUGACCAUCAUUAUUCUGACUGCACUGGGUAAUUUGCUUGUGAUGGUGGCUCUCUGUAAAGACAGACAGCUAAGGAAGAAGAAGACCAACUUCUUUAUUGUAUCACUGGCAUUUGCAGACCUUCUAGUUGCCCUCGUUGUGAUGCCGCUGGCAGCCAUAGAGCUGACCACAGGUCAGUGGAACUACGGAGAGACGUUCUGCUUGGUCCGUACCUCCCUGGACGUGCUGCUAACCACAGCGUCUAUUCUGCAUCUGUGCUGCAUUGCACUGGACAGGUACUAUGCGAUUUGCUGUCAGCCCCUGGUCUACAAUAACAAGAUGACGCCUGUGAGAGUCUCACUGAUGCUGGUCGGAUGCUGGGUCAUCCCCAUUUUCAUCUCUUUUCUUCCCAUCAUGCAAAGUUGGAAUACCAUUGGAAUUGAGAGCUUCAUCGAACACAGAAAAUUAAACUCCACUCGUAAUUCGACUUGUGUGUUCAUGGUGAACCGACCCUAUGCUCUGGUGUGUUCGGCCGUGGCCUUCUAUGUGCCUCUAGUGCUGAUGGUUCUUGCCUAUCAGCGAAUCUAUGUCACCGCUAUGGGACACGCUCGGCGAAUCGGCUCGCUGCACCGGGCCGGCUCAGCCCCUUCUUCCAACUACCCCAACCACGAUCAGCACGGAUCCAGUCGCAUUAAGAACGAAACCAAGGCGGCCAAGACGCUGGCUGUCAUCAUGGGCUGCUUCUGUCUGUGCUGGGCACCCUUCUUCAUCACCAACGUGGUGGAUCCCUUCAUCAGUUACAGCGUGCCGUGGCAGAUGUGGACCGCAUGGCUCUGGUUGGGUUACAUCAACUCGGGCUUGAAUCCGUUCCUGUAUGCUUUUCUGAACCGGGCUUUUCGGAGAGCCUUUCUUAUGAUCCUGUGCUGUGGAAAUGAGCACUAUGCCCCACAGGGGGGCUUUAGCCCGAGCAGACGGCACUCAGAGUCUGUCAACGGAACCUCCAUUUCUCUCAGAUUGUCAUUUCUUCAAAACCGAAGGUACAGCGACAAUUCCAACCGGUUCCUGUCAUGCGAGCUGGAAUCUCAGGAGUCUGUUGGUGCAUCGUAGCCAAUUUCAAUGCGUACGGAUCCAGCCUGAGGAGAACGUACAGACAACGGCCUACACAGGAAACAAGUGUCAAACACAGAGACUUCAUUGCAGUUUCCUUUUGAUGAGAAAUAACAAAUCACAAAGAUAGUUUACAGGGCUGUUUCGCAGAACUAGAUUAUGCAGGUAUUUUAUCAGACAUCAUGAAUGCAACCAGAUGAAAUGUCCGAGGACCGUCGGCAAUGUUUGAAAAGCACAACAAAGGAAAAUAAACUUUUAAAUAAUUAGUUAACCUAAAAUUUAAAAUAGCUGAAUAUUUAUUCGCCCUCAUGUCUCACAAGAAGACCGUCACUCAUUUACAAAUGGAUCCGUUGCAGUGAAUGGGUGCCGUCACCUUUUUCAAGCUGUAUGGGGAUUUCAACAUACUGCUUCUCAUUUGUGUAGUAGUUCUCAUCUUUCAAGUUAGAAGGAACAUUUCUGCUUCAGCUGUAAAGGCUAACAAUGAUAAAUGUAUACUGCUCAGCAGACAGGCUCGUCAUUUAAGCAUGCGGUUACUGCAUCCAUCGAACCUCAAAAUGCUUGUUUUCAGACUAAGGAGUUGAUGCUCCCUCUUUAUUCAUCAACGUAUUUAUGUUGUACAUGUACAGUUUUGACUUCUGUGAAAAGAAGCAGUGGCUUGUCACUGUGUGACAUUUGUACUUUUAUUGUAUACCUGUGUAAUCAAACAUAAUUUAAUGUACAGUGUAUCUGGAAGAUGAAUCAAAAAAAAAAAAAAAAAUCCAUGGUCAGUUUCAUAAAGCUAUAUAAAAACGACAUUGUUACUCCGUACCGCAUGUGUUCGGCGCUUCUCAUUAUUACAUAAAAGCUGCGGUUUGAUUGA